AUGGCUCAAAACCUGCUCCUCUCAUCAUACCCGAGUUCACAGUCUGUACCUCCGCUAAAAGAAGCCCAACCACCGGCGCAAGCUACAGCAUCCUCCGUCCGAUCUCUACACAGUAAUAGUCAAAACCGGCCUCGAAAGACGACCCUUCCAAGUUGCAACCUAUGUCGGCGACGGAAGAUCAAAUGCGACAGAGCAGACCCUUGCUCUCAUUGUGUGCGAGUAGGGGCAGUAUGUGUGUUCUCUACACCCUCAGGUGCGCCGAGAGGCAGACAAGGAGGUCGCCGUAAGCUUGAUAGCGAGCUGCUGGAUCGUGUUGCGAAACUAGAACAGCUACUCAAGCAAGGAACUAGUGGAGCGGCAUCCGUAAUGGCGAAGCCGCCGUCAGCGACAGCUGAAGAGAGCAGAAAUGCUUCGAGAGAAUUGGAAUCCCAUGUCUUCAGAGGUUCGACAGUGGAUGCUGGGCUGAGGGCGCCCAAGGAGGGAUCGGAUCUAUAUCUAGGAGGUAGCCUCUGGAGCAAUCUCGGCGAUGAGGCAAGUUUUUCUUCAGUGCACAGAACCUUGGUUCAUGGCAUGCGUGAGGCCCUAAACCAACCAUCAGAUGAGGAGGACGACGGCAGGCUAACGCCCAACUCGGAUUCGACGGGGAUUGCUCAAUCCACCCAAUCAAAUUUUGUGAUACGCACAGCUGAUGUCUUGGGCGACACCGAAAACCACGUGAAACAUCCCAGUCGCUCGCAAGCGUACGCGCUCUAUUUAUCGUUUAUGACAAAUGUGGAUCCUGUGGUGAAGCUCUUGCACGGCCCUUCACUACGACGGCACUUCACUGGAGAGACUGAUGGGCUCGACUGUAGCUCUGGACCGAAAGGAUGGGAUGCCGUCAAGUUUGCUAUCUACUAUACUACCACGACGAGUUGGACGCCUGAUGAAUGCUUGGAACAGCUCGGCGAAGAAAAGGCCGUACUGCUUCACAGGUUUCGAUCUAGCACAGAACUUGCGCUAGCAAGGGCUGACUUUGUCAAUACGGAGGAUGUGUCAACACUACAAGCUCUAGUGCUCUAUCUGUUUGCUGUUCGAAGCAAUGAGAAUUCCCGACGCACUUGGACGAUGACAAGUCUGGCUGUUCGCAUUGCUCAUGCUCUUGGCCUCCACAAAGAAAAAUUUGGAGGCAAAUACACUUCACCAUACCUUCCUUUCGAGCGCGAAAUGCGGCGUCGACUAUGGUGGCAAAUAUGUAUCCUUGACAGGCAAGCGUCUAUCGAUCGUGGCACGGACCCGAUCAUCACUGCACAUGCUUUCAAUACUCGACUUCCCCUCAAUGUCAACGAUGAGGAUCUACAUCCGAAUGAUCCUAAUGAGGUCCAGCCACGAGAAGGGUACACAGAUACUGUGCUCUCUCUGAUAUGCCAUGAGGUGUUUGAAAUUGAGCGUCGCCUCACUUACAUCCCUGCUGAUGAGUUCAAUCGCUCACUAGAGACGAGCGAUGACUUUUGGGCCCAGAGGAAAGGCUGGGUAAGUGUGAGCCAACGACGUGUCGAAGACAAAUAUCUGCGGCAUUUCAACACGGAUAUACCUCAGCAACGCUACGCGAUGUUGCUUUCACAUAUUAUGAAUGCCACCAUGUGGUUCUUUGCCUACCGGCCUCUGCAACCGCACUCGGAUAGCCCUACAUCGUUGAAGAUACCACAACCUGGAAUUCUUCAUCUUGCCGUCGAGGUCAUGGACAAGUCCAUAAAAUUAUCAAUGGAUCCCUGUGCAAGACCUUUCAAAUGGAUCUCCUCUAUCUGGGUUCAGUGGUAUGCUCUUGCUGUCAUGAUUGCCGAGCUUUGUGUGCAGACCGAAGGACCGACUGUUGAGCGGGCGUGGAGUAUAGUCGAUCCCGUCUUUGAGGAAACAGCUCAGCAUGUCGCAGAUUCGGACAAGGGAAGGUUGUGGCGACCGAUCAAGAAGUUGAUGACCAGGGCGCAAGAGGUUCGAAGGAAGCAUCUGGCAGACGCCGCAGCUGCCUUGCGCUCUCGAUCUAUUGGAGCAGCUCCCACUGCCGCCGAACAAGCUGUCCCGUGGCUUAUCACUCAGCAUUCUGAUACAAACGGAAUGGACAUGGAGGCUGAGCCCAAGCCGUUGCUUGAUAAUUCCAGCACACUAAAUCCGCCACAACAAAUUGGGACGGGCCCAGAGCCUAUGUCCGUCGACUGGGCUUCGUCGUUCGCCACGGGAGCAAAAGAUCAAAUUGAUUAUAACGAUGAAAUGAAUCAGAUGGCUUGGACGAAUUGGGCAUCUUUUAUCGACGAUUUUCAAUCUCACGAGGCUUACCUGUCUGGGUCGGAUAAUGCACCACCGCCGUCAUUCAACACAUGGUGA